GGUUGUGAAUAUCAUUUCAAGUUCAGUAACGUGAGACAGUCGAAUUCAAUGGCAAAACUCAAAUCUACCAUCUAAUAAAGUCAAACCCCGCAUUGUGAGCUUCACUCGAAUGAGAAACAGUUCCUGAAAGAUCCCAUCGUUUAAGUCAAAGAUUCAGUGUACAGUAGUAUAUUUCAAUGCGUUCAUCAACUUUCCAUGAACUUUACAAGGAAAAGUAAUUCUCGAUAUACAUUCUUCUGACACUGUCAAAUCAUAAGUUACCUCAGCAUCCCUUGCUUAAGUUUCCAACACUAUCUCAUUUAACUUCGUAUAUCCAAGAUCUCAUAGUAUGAGAUCUUGCUAUACGAUACCUAACUUUCUCAUGAGGGAAAACGUCUUCAUUAUGCUUUGAGAAAGACAUCAUAGUAUAGACAUGCGGAAGAUCUGCGCAAUUCAGGACAGUUCAUUGAUUUCAUGAGAGUAUGACAUUCUGAUGCUUUUUGAUGCGUUCCUCCAUUCGAGUGUAGUUUGGGUUAAGUGAUCAAUAGCCGAAACUCAAUGAUAAUCUUGAUAUAAGAAGUGCAAUGGACGACGAGAGACACAGCAGCCAUACACCAUAAGACCUCAUUUGCUUUAUUAAAUCAGAAUUUCCUUUGAAUAUCUUUCACACGAUACCUCCCUCUCCACAGCCAUGUGUCUCAGAACAUACGUAAAGAAUAAGUUGGACUACGACUUCAAGGAAGACGAAUUGCUUACAGAGGCCCUCGUCACGAGCGGGGUUGUCUUUGGCGCAAAUUCGACUGUCGAGCGGCAGGGAAAUAGACGACUGGCAUUGAUUGGAGAUGCAUUGAUCCGUCUCGAGCUUGUCUAUACCAAGUAUUUAGAUGGAGCAACUCUAGAAACCUCCCAGAAAUGCGUUUCGAAGAACGCUUCAAAUCGAAAUCUUGGAGCCAUCGGCCAGCAAAAUGGUUUGAUAGAUCAGAUGAUUUUCCCGGUUAAUCAGCAGAAGCCAGGGGAAUACACUGUUGCGACAACAGUCGAAGCUCUCAUUGGAGCCAUCUGGUUAGAUUCGGAACAAGAUUUCGGAGUGAUUGGUAGAGUUAUUCGAGCGUUGCAUAUCGAAUAACACGUCGGUUGAUCUAUUCAGGUGUAUUGCAUAUCAUAAGAUACGUUAGCAAAACCUCUUCAUGAUAGCAAAUCCAACCAGACUUCACAAGUCAUCGCAUUUUCAACACAGAAUCAACUUGAAUGAUAUUUCCGGUGCAAUUUGGUGUCCUCCA